CAUGGUCUUGGAGGCGUGGCUCUUAGGGUACAGCGAUACGUGCCGAAGUGCAACGUCAGAGUGGUGGACUGUAACAAGAACGACAGUUCGCUGCCAGGCACGUCCCCGGACCGCCAGGAUCCAUUGGAGAACCAGGGUUAAUCCAGUCCGACUGGAGAGGAAGUCUAACGGCUACUGCUGCAAUCCUGUCCGUCUAUAUCUUUUUACUGGACCUGAGGGACAGACGAAGACAGAAUAGUGUCUCUACCAGAUAAGCAAACAUCAUGGAGGAUGACUUGAUGUUCAGCAUGGAGGAGGAGGAGGGCAGUGCCAGGAGACCCCCUGUCCAACGCAGUGCCAUCCAUCAGCGGGCGUCCUCUGUCAGUGACACCAACGCCAGUGAUGAUGAGGAUGAAGACCACUUCAUUUGCCCCAUCCUAGACGACUCAGCCAAAGAGAUCUGCGACUACCUGAAGAAUCUUGUUUACACCCGGCAGCUGUCAAACUCUCUCCCUAAGACCAACUUUGUUUUCAAGAAUGAAACAGAAACAGAGGCAGAACCUCGGUCGUGUAGGGUUCUGUCCCAAAGCGCACGGGAAGCAUGGAAAAAGGCCAUCCAGAAAGCCAAAGCUAUGCCCGACCCCUGGGCUCAGUUUCACCUGGAGGACAUCAAGACAGAACCCUGCAUCCGUUACAGGUACAAUGCCAUCACAGGAGAGUGGGCUCAAGACGAGGUCCAUAUCAAGAUGGGUGCUCAGCCAUUCGGGAAAGGGGCCAUGAGGGAGUGCUUCAGAACGAAGAAGUUGUCUAAUUUCUCACACAGCAGCAAUUGGAAGUCAGCAUCUAACUAUGUGGCGAAGCGUUACAUGGAGACGGUGGACAGAGAUGUUUACUUUGAGGACGUCAGGCUGCAGAUGGAAGCUAAACUGUGGGGAGAGGAGUACAACCGUCACCGACCUCCCAAACAGGUGGACAUCAUGCAAAUGUGUGUGAUAGAGAUGAGAGAGAGACCAGAUAAACCUCUCUUCCACCUGGAACAUUACAUCGAGGGCAAAUACAUCAAAUACAACUCCAACUCAGGCUUUGUGAGGGACGACAACAUCCGACUCACUCCACAGGCUUUCAGUCACUUCUCUUUUGAGCGAUCGGGCCACCAGCUGAUCGUCGUUGACAUCCAGGGAGUCGGAGAUCUCUACACUGAUCCCCAGAUCCACACGGAGAAGGGCACUGACUUUGGAGAUGGCAAUCUAGGUGUGCGAGGCAUGGCACUGUUCUUCCACUCUCACCUGUGUAACAAGAUCUGCAAGAGUAUGGGCCUGACACCUUUCGAUCUUUCACCUGCUGAGAAGUCCCAGCUGGACUCCACCAACAAACUGCUUAAAUCGGCUCAGACGGUGCUGCGGGGCUGUGAGGAGCCCUGUGGGUCUCCCCGUGUUCGCACGUUCUCAGGAUGUCGAGCCCCUCCUCUUAUGUCCCGCCUGUCUGAGACGUCGUCUGCAGAUGAGAGCAUGAGCGACGUGGACUCUGUGCCCUGCUCACCACUCAUCCUGCCCUGCUCCCCUCCAGCAGCACCAGGAUCCAUGGGAAAGUCUCCUAUAGGCCUGUCUUUUACGGGGAUGUAUGAACAUGAAAGACUUAACAAUAACAGCACAGGUGAAAACAAGGAAUCUGAAAGUGGAGGGGACAGCGGCUACCCCAGCGAGAGGAGAAGUGAAGGGGACUUGAACGAUAACGUAGACGGGGCCCAUCACCGCUCCCACAGACAUUAUUCUGAGUCGGAUGAGGACAGUGUCAGACGGAGGAAGAUGGUAGCUCCUCCCAGAGUCUCUGCAGCCUUACAUUCAUGCACUCCUGACAACCAAUGGCUAACAGAGGAGAAGUGGAGCUUCUAUCACUCGUCUCGUGCUCACGUCCACAGACCGUCGUGUGUGGCCACUGAGGUGGAGCGACUCAACACUCUACUGCAGAAGAAGAUUGGCCAGUCCAUCCUUGGGAAGGUUCACCUGGCGAUGGUGCGUUACCAUGAGGCGGGUCGUUUCUGUGAAAAAGACGAGCAAUGGGAUCAAGACUCAGCCAUGUUUCACCUGGAGAGAGCAUCUCUGUGUGGAGAGCUGGAGGCCAUUGUUGCUUUAGGACAGUGCUGUCUGCAGCUGCCUCAUCACAUCCUGUCUGACAUGGAGGUUGAGGAUAAUGCAGGCAACAGGAUGAAAGGUUUUAAGUAUCUUCUGCAGGCUGCUGAGGCUGGAGACAGAUUCGCUAUGAUCACAGUGGCCAGAGCCUUUGACACAGGGGUCAAUCUAUCAGCUGACAGGAAGCAAGACUGGCAGGAAGCGAUUCGCUGGUAUGACAGUGUGUUGAACAUGACAGACUACGAUGAGGGCGGUGAGUUUGAUGGGACGCAGGAUGAGCCUCGAUACCUGCUGCUGGCCAGAGAGGCAGAGAUGUACCAAGAGGGAGGACACAACCUCACCGCAGACCCACAGAGAGCAGGUGAUCUGUUUACAGAAGCAGCAGAAGCUGCCAUGGAGGCCAUGAAAGGCCGACUGGCCAACAAGUACUACAUGAAAGCAGAAGAAGCCUGGGCGCUAAUGGAGGAGUAAUAUGAUUCACUUUUUUUACAAAAAUGCCACGGGAGUUAAUGAGUCUGACUGGUAGUCAGGGCAGUUUACAUUUUCUAUGAAAGAACGUUUUGUUAAUGGUGCGUAGUGUGUGCGUGUGUUCAGCUUCGUAGGAUCAAAUUCUACCAACUUGUUUUGCUCUGUUUGCUUAUCCUAAAUGCUCUUUUCUUUCAUUUCUGAUUACCACUUACUUUUAUGCUAAUUGAAUGCAUGGUCAGGAAAAACUGAAGAGUCAAAACAAAGAGAAAUGUUUACUUACUUUGACCUAAAUGUUGAACAUUUUGUGUUAAGGAUUUAUGUAAAAGAUAAAAAACUGUAAAAUAAAGUGAAUUGCAUUUUUUGA